ACAUUUCCGAACGUCCACUUCGGCGCAAUGGGACCAUCAUCGCUCGUCCCGACCUGUCGCACUGUCUCUGGGUGUGGAGUGCUGCCGCUGGGAUAACAGACUCACCCGUACCUCUGGCGACGCUGAGAAGUCCCCGGACAAACUAAUCACUGUUGCUUGCUUUUGUAAGCAAGCACUUUGACUGAACCAGUGAUAAGAGACCAGCCAAGAGAGUCAGCUACCGCCUCACUCAUAUAUGCUCAGUUGAGGUGCUGCCCACAAGUAGCUGCACGCUACUCAACGCCACCAGCCAUGGAGUACUUCGACGUCAACCCCAGACCUCAUGACCUGGAGCGGCACUCAACUCUGGCUCGAACCUUCAUACAACAGCACGCUGAUGCCGGGAGGCGCGUAGCCCUGGUCACAUCUGGUGGUACUACAGUUCCCUUGGAGAAUCAAACUGUGCGUUUCAUUGACAACUUCUCUGCCGGAACGAGAGGUGCGACCUCUGCCGAAUACUUCCUGGAAAAUGGAUAUGCAGUCAUCUUCUUGCAUCGCCAAUUUUCACUCUUGCCGUACUCUCGCCAUUACAGCCACAGUACCAAUUGCUUUCUGGAUUACAUGUCGUACUCCGAGGAUGGGCCGGUAGCAGUGCAGUCGCGAUAUCAGCAACAGAUGGGCGACGUCUUGAAGCGGUAUCGAACGGCCAAGAAAGAGAACACGCUACUUUUGCUGCCCUUCGUCACAGUCAAUGAGUACCUCUGGAAUCUGCGGGAGCUGGCCAUGCUCAUGCAGCCUCUGGGCGCCAAUGCUUUAUUCUACCUCGCAGCAGCGGUCUCAGACUUCUUCGUGCCUGCUGAGAAAAUGGUCGAGCACAAGAUCCAGAGUUCUGAAGACUUCAACAAGCAGCCGAAUGGCGACUCUGGGGAGCACGACAAGCAGCCUGCAGCUCAUAUGGAAGGCAAGCUCCUCAAGAUCGAUCUAGAUCCUGUUCCCAAGUUCCUCAAAUUGCUUGUCGACGGCUGGGCGCCGCGAGCGAUGAUUAUCUCUUUCAAACUUGAGACCGACCCUCCUCUACUGUCCGAGAAGUGCGCCUAUGCUCUCAAGAAGUAUGCCCAUCACCUCGUGAUCGGCAACCUGCUCAACACACGCAAGCAUGAGGUGCUUUUCGUCUCUGCAGAGGGAGGCGAGAAGUGGAUUCGCGUACCAAUGAAUAGGAGGGCAAAGAGUGGGACUGCAAAACUGCAGGACGGCCAACUUACGGAUGAUGAGGACAGUAGAGAGCCGCCGGUAGAGAUUGAGAGUCUCAUCAUUCCGGAAGUCAAGAAGCUACAUACCUCGAUGAUCGAACAAGGAGACCCGAGGAGGUCAAGUCAGGAUAGGACGUGAUCACGCUUGAUGAGAAUCACGCCACAACGGCUGAGUCAACUACUGGUAGACAUGACUGCUCGUAGCGAUUUGCAGAGCACAAGAGUAGACUUAGAGAUGUCAUCGAGCUUCUUGCAGUGGCUGAGCACUCUUACAAAGCGAUUUGUUGCCAGCGCCGAUCUUCUCCUACAGCAAGCUUGCGAACGUGUCCAUGAAAAUGUGGAACGCAAAGGUUUGUGCUUUGGGCUUACGGGUCCUGGGCUCAUUCAACAAAACUACUGCUGAACAACGAAAUGCAUCGACUGCUGAAUGACUCGAAUUUGCUUUGCAACAUGAUUUAACCGACGGCUGCUAGACAUUCGGCGACAAAAUCGCAAAGACUGCUGCUACCAUGCCUCCGAGCCCGCCCUCUGACCCUCUCGUCGUCGAGGUCCUGGAAGCCUUCCAUCAGCCUCUCGCGCUCCGAUGACGACAAUGAUCCGUACUAAUCGGACACUUCGCCUC